AUGAUGCUUGUUUGGUCGACUGAGGAGGGUGACGGUCUUUUCCGAUGCAGCCAUGCCAAUUCAUGCUCAAUGUGCAUCGGCACCAACGCCGUGUUCAACCGUUCGGUGUCAGCGUCAUUCGUAUGCUCAGGAAAGAGCUGCUCACUGCAGCCCGUCGAGCCAUCGAGCAUUAUGGGCUCGUCGCUUUCGCCGAACCACUAUUUUACUAUGCGGUGGUUUAACAUCGGCCAACGGCGCCAGUUCUACCUCAUGGCUUCCAAGGUGUCCAGUGUUUUUCCGUUGUUGUCGAACUCUGUGUUGGCUACCUGUCUGAGCCAGGAGAUUUUAACGCGUGAUGUGGAGGGUGGUGUGUCGUGGCCACCAAAAUUGUGA